AUGGAGAAACCUAAUAUUGUAUUUAUUGUCGCUGAUGACCUCGGCUGGAACGAUGUUGGAUAUAGGAACCCUCAAAUGAUCACCCCUAACCUGGACAGACUGGCCAAAGCUGGAGUCAUCCUCAACUCUUCUUACGUCCAGCCUUUGUGUUCGCCCUCCCGAAACUGUUUUAUGUCGUGUUAUUUCCCCUAUCACACCGGGCUUCAAGAUGGCGUUAUUCAGACAGACGCAGCAAAAUUCCUGCCAGCCAACCUGACAACACUACCACAGAAACUGAAACAACUUGGCUAUGAUGCUCACAUGGUUGGGAAAUGGCACCUUGGCUUCUGUAACUGGAAAUAUACACCCACAGAGAGAGGCUUUGACACCUAUCUUGGUCAUUACUCUGGUGCAGAGGACUAUUUUACUCACAUGUUAAAGGAUCCCCAAGGUGAAGUCGGAUUGGAUUUUCACUUAAACAAGAUUGCCUAUAGAGAGGCCAAUGGGACCUACUCUGCGUAUGUGUUUGCUAACAGGGCUGUUGAAUUCAUUGAGGGCCACAACAACACUAAAGCUACUCUCUGGGAAGGGGGAACGAAGGGAACUGGGUUCAUCUACAGUAAAACCCUUCUGAAGAAGACGGGCUACCUUAACAUUGGAAUGAUGCAUGCUGUGGACUGGAACCCGACUUUGGUGGAGCUAGCUGGUGGAGAGAACACAGACCCCAACAUGGACGGAGUCAGUCAGUACGACAUGCUCAUCAAUGGCGGACCCACCAAACGGAAUGAGUUCGUCUACAACAUCUAUGACGAGGAGGAAGCAGCUGCAAUACGGUACGGAGAUCUCAAACUCAUACAAGGAAGUCCGGGAGAUCACAAUGGUUGGGCUCCUUUGCCACAUCUGGGAAUUGAUGAACGUGUUUAUCAAGCUGAUAACCAGAAGUUCCCUCCCUUCAUGCUAUACAACAUAACUGCAGAUCCAACUGAACAUUUCGACCUCUCAGCCACGUACCCUGAGUUAGUGGAUAUGAUGAAGAAGAGACUGGAGAACUGGAAGAAGUCCCGUGUUCCGGCGCAGAACAAUGCUAGUAUUCCUGCAGCGAACCCAAAAUACUACGGCGGUGUAUGGAGUCCAGGCUGGUGUUAA